AUGGACCUUGACAACUUUGAUGAACUGGAUGACAAGUCGACUCAAGUUCCUCGAGUCAAGAAAUUCUUGCCGAAAUCCAGUCUCAAUAAAACGGUUCCAAAACCUGAAUCACCGCCACCAAAACCUGCACAACAACCACCGGAUGUCUCAAUCUUGAAGAAACGGAAAUCCGAAGAAGAUUUAACUUCAUCGACAUUAACUGCGCAUCUUUCACCGAAGAUUGAAUCUUCGGCCUUGAAUGGUGCUGUCAAAAUGGAGAAGAAACCGCUACCGGAUGUCAGAAUGGAACCGAAAACGGAGGAGCCGGCGGAUUCAGACAGUAAUGAAUUAGAAGAAGAAGAUGAUAUGAUUGUUCGCGAAAUUGAUGUAUAUUUCAAUGCUUCAAUCGAUGCCGAUACUCAGUUAUUAGUAAUGCAAUAUCCAUUGAGAGCAUGUUGGCGCCCGUAUGAGUUGGAUGAGAGAUGCGAAGAGGUUAGGGUUAAACCUUCGACUGCAGAGAUAGAAAUGGACUUGUCAAUGAAUGUUGAUUCGAAUAAUUGGGACAGUGACAGAGCUAUCAGGGUUAACAUAACGAAGCAGACUUUGUCUUCUUCAUGGAAACCAUCUGUGGCAGGUGGCUAUGCUGUUGGUGUUCUGGUGGGAGAUAAGUUACACGUGAAUCCUAUUAAUGCAGUUGUGCAGCUUCGACCAUCAACAGAUCAAUUUAAGUCUGGUGGCUUAAAAAGGAAGAAAAAUGUCCCAAGCAAUGCAGAAGUUGCUGUUAAAUUAGAAGCUUCGAAUGAAAAUAAAUCUGUUGGUCCAUCAAAGAAACAGAACAAGCAGAUGGAGGGUUCUGUUGAGCAAAAAAGAACAAAUGAGGAAGAGGGUUGGGUUCCACUGAAGUACCAUGGGUCAAAGAGUGAUUUCUCAGCUAGAUUCCUGCAGAGAAUGUUGGCUCAAGAAAAUUCUCCUUUACACUUCACAGUGAACCCGUGUGAAUAUGUUAGCGCUUUAUGCCCUGGAGCAUGUGACAGUAAAAUUAAAUCCAAAAGCCGUUCAAGCAGGAUUUUGUUUUCUAUGCCCCUUGAAGAACGUGUUCGGAAAUUGCUUUGUGAGGGUCCACCAGCUCAUCGGUUUAGUGCACUUAAGCACUUUGCUCCUGAUGACUCUGUUGAAGAUCUUUUAGGAGUCCUUCAGAAGCAUGCUCAAUUAGUGCAAGGUCUCUGGGUUCCUAGAAUUUUGUUGCUAUUUGAUGACAAAGCUACAUGUUUAGCUAGAGAUUAUGUUCUUCUUUUAUUUAGCAAGAAUUUGGCAGUCAAGUCUGAGCAAUUAUUGGUCGAAGCAAAGCUUAAAGAUCAUAUAAAACGAGUUCUGAAUGUAUUUGCUGUUGAGAGACCUUCCUUUAAAGAUUGGAAGUUUAAAGUGCAUAAAGAUGUGUCAUUUAUAAAAGAAUACCCAAAUAUUGUUAAGAAGCAAGAACAAGUUUGGGCAGCUGCAGAGAAACAAGUAACUGAUGUUAUAAAUAGAUCUAGAAAAGUUGGACCUUGUAAAGGUGUUGCUACACAAAAAUCUGGGACAGCUGGUAAGCCUCUAAAAGCAAUGAAUUCUGAUGAAGGUGCAACUGGAGUACAAAGUAGGAAGCCCAUGUCAAAGGAAAGUCGACAAGUGUUACCGAAGGCCUUGCAGAAAAUUAUUCAGAUUCACAAGGUUUGCAGCAAGCAGUUCAUUCAAGAAUGUUUGCGGAAUUGGGCUGUUGCUCGCUCUCAUAUUCCAAAGCAAGCAGUUGAUGCUAAAAUUGCUGUACUUGCAGCAGAUGGUGUUGACACUGCAGAUUUUGAGGAAGUCGUAAGUCAGGUUGCGACAAACAUUCAUGGUUAUUAUGUUUCAAAGUCAUCCUCGGAGCACCUAGAAUAUGAUCAAUUGAGGAAAGUUGUGAUUGACCUUCUACUUGUUAGAGGAGCUGAUGCGAAGCUUAGGAAGGCUGAUGUUGUUGAAGCAGCAAGACUUGAUCUGAAGAGAGAGAAUAUCACAGAAAAGGAAUAUAAGAAGGUGAUGAGUGAUAUUUGUGAAUCCAAAGGUGGUGUAUGGGUCUUGAAAAAGCAGAAAUGACUUGUUUGGUUGGGUACAUUGGAAAUAGCCAAUUGGGUACCCAUGUUGCCAUAAAUGCUCCCAAUUAUGAACAUUUUUUUGCCUAACCCAGAUAAUAAUAUGAAUAUGAUGGAGACACAUUCCCCUCUGCCCAUUGUAACAAGAAUGAUAUGGUGCAUCAAAUACAUUGUAAAUGUGAAUGACAAAUAGCACAUUAUGUUUUUAUAUA